AUUGCUAUAAGAAGUGAAGAAGCCAACAAAAAGCUCCUCCCUAUAUCUUCCAUUCCCAUCUACUCCACUUUAUCCUCUCUUCUUCUUCUUCUUCAAAAUUUCAAUCUCUUUCUUCUUCAUCCAUGGAUUCUCUAGCAGCCAUUCCCUGGUCAGAUACUCACACCACUGUGUCCGAUGACCACCUUUUCACCCUCACUAACCUUCUCCACGACGACGAGAACCACGCCUCCUCUCCACUCUUCCUCCUCCCCCAAGAUGCUGACGACAAUAAUCGAGCCAUCAGGGUCCCCGUCCCCGGUGGUGCAACCUACUUUGGGCCGACAAUUGAGGACAUUGAGAAUGCACUUUCCAUUGGUACUCCUAGAUCAAAAGACCUCCAAUCCCACACUCAAAUUUCUCAUACCGGAUUUUCAAUUGUGGAAAGAGCGAACUUGAAUAAGGUUGAGCAUAAGUAUAGCCUUAGAAUCAAGAGCUGUGGAGGGAAUAUGGUGGCUGAUGAUGGAUAUAAGUGGAGGAAAUAUGGUCAGAAGUCCAUCAAAAAUAGCCCCAAUCCUAGGAGCUACUAUAGGUGUUCAAAUCCAAGAUGCAGUGCAAAGAAGCAAGUAGAAAGGUCGAUAGAAGAUCCAGACAUCUUCAUCAUAACAUACGAAGGGCUUCACCUCCACUUUGCCUAUCCAUUCUUUCUAAUGGGCCAAAGCCCACAAGCCCAAUCUCCAACAAAAAAGCCGAAGACAAUCGACCCAGAGCAGCCCGAGGCCCAUGAAAAGCCAAGUUUCCUCGACCCAAUAGAAUCAAGUGGCUCACAAGGUUUGCUGGAGGACAUGGUCCCAUGGUUGAUUCGAAACCCAUCUACCCAUCACAACGCUCUAUCAAAUUCUUCCUCUUGCUUAUCCCACCGUUCACCUCCACCCACCCCUCCAUCACCCUCCACCUCUCCUACCUUCAUAACUUCCUGUUUUUGAUAUUUAAAAGAUAUUUUAAUAAUAUAUAUA